UAAUGAAAUUUUGUACAAGAAAAAUGGCAAGCAAUAACAAGUGCCAAGUGGUGGCAAAUUAUUAAGUAUUUGGUUGGUUGAUUUGCUUUGUGUCGUCUCUUCUUAGUUUAAUCCAGUUGUGAUAUCGUUCUUUGUUACUCAGUCAUCGCAUUUGCAUUCAUCGUUUUAAUGUUUGCAAAAAAAAACAUACAAUGUCCGAAAGUACAAACAUCAAUAAAAAUCCUGGGCAGGAUAAAAAAAUUGACGUCUCUGACUCUGAUUUAGCAGCGCCAAGUGAAGUAUCCAGUAUUGCAGGAAGUGUAACCCACAACAAGCAUUCAAUCUCUUCAGAGAGGCAGAUUAAAUUUGAAAGAGCUCAGAAAUGCUUAGAAAAUGCUGCCCUUGUAUCAAAAAGGAUUAAAGAACACCGCAAAGCUACUGCUGAACUCUUGGGUCGGCCAUUUGAUGAAGAAGUUGGAGACACUGCGUCAGAAGUGGCAACCACCAUAAGCGAAAAAACUGGGUAUUCUGUUGCAACUGAUACAUCAAUGGCAAUGUCUGUUCAAGAUGCACUUAACAUUCCUGGAAUUAGUGAAAGUCUGGCAAAUACAUUAAAACAAAAGGAAAUAUUAAUGGAAAGAAUCAAGCAGUAUAAAGAAAUAAGUAAAAGACCAAUGAAAAAAGUAGUCCCUACUAGCAGAAGAGAAUCAAUAACUGAUACAUUGGAUGUAAAAAAGGAUUCUAACAUAACUGACAUCACAAAACUUUCAAAUUUAAUAAAAGAAAAAGAUAACAGUCUAAGUAUAAUGCAAGUAAAAGUCAAAGCAAUGGAAACAACAAUUUUAGAUUUGCAAGAGAAAAUCACAGAGAAAGAUCAAAUAAUAGAAGCAAAGAAUAAAGCAACAACAUUAAUGUCAGACAGUUUGAGCAAAAAAGAAAAAGAUACCAUUAAUUUACUAGAAGAUACAAAACAGCAGAUGAUAAAAAUGCAAAAUAAUUUCAUAGCAAUGGAGACUGAAUGGAAAGAAGAAAAACUAAAAUUAAUACAUGAAAUAGACGAAAAAAACGAUAAAAUAAAAAAUCUUGAGGAAGCUAACACAAUAUUGGAAAAUUCAAGAUUUGAUAUAAGUGUUGCCCAUUCUAAAUUAGCAGAAGAGUUAGACAUCAAAACAAAAGAGGUUAAUGAAUUACAAGAUAAAAUUAAGCAGCUUGAAGAUUCCCUUACACCCAAAGUGAAAGAAGAUGAAGAAGAACCAAAAGAAGAAAAAGGAGCCCGUGAAAUAAGUAAUAUGGAAGAAUUAACAAAAAAGAUUGAGUUGCUGGAACAGAUUAAUUGCGAAUUAAGACAGGCAAAUAAAGAGUUUGAAAGUCAACUUGCUUUGAUAAAUCAAGAAACAAAAAGUAACAUAUCACCAAGUAAAAAAGGUAGCCCUCUUCCUAUACGCAAAGGUGGCAGAAAUGCCGCUUCGAAAAUGAAGUCACCAUGGAGUCAUUUGUCAUCUGAACCUACACAACAAGAACAAGACAAAAAAGGUAAAUUGGACAAACCAAAAUCGGAGAUGAUACUUCAAUCUCUCAAUAAAGACAUUUUACAGAAAGAAUAUUUAAUAUCUGAAAAAGAUGCAUUAAUUUCUGAGCUUCAAUCUGAAAAUAAUAAAAAAGAAGCAAAGAUAAGUGAGUUGCAAGUAUUAAUCGACACACAAAAAGAAAAAGAAAUGAUUGAUGUUGGCAUUUUAGUUGAUUUACAACAACCAAUAAAACAAGACGGAGAUGGUGAUACAGAUAAGACUUCCAUAAACGUAAAUGAUUUAGAGGAAAAAUUAACAGUAGCCCAAAAUCAAAUUGCCUCACUGAAUGAUGAAAUUGAUGUGGCAAAUAAAAAUAUGGUAAAAGUAAAGUCUAAUUUCAAACUAAAACUUAAACAAAUGCAAAAAACUAUUGAAAACUUUAGUAAAGUAUCUGACGCUCAUUGUGAAAUAGUGAAGUUAAAUGAGGAAAUACACCAACUUACUCAAAAGGUAGCAGAACUAGAAGAAGAAAAAGGUAAUCUUCAACUACACUUGGUAGAUUAUGAUAGUGGAAGAUUGACUGAAUCAGAUGUUUACAAAAAAUUAGUGGAAACAGAAAACCUAGCCGAGGCAAGACUUAAAUCUAUAAGUUUACUUGAAACUCAGAAAUUUGAUUUGGUUCAAGAGCUUCAUAGCUUACAACAAAAGAAUUUAGAAAUGGAAGAUAAGUUGGCAGAUAUGUCCUAUUUUCAAAAUGAACAAGUAUGUUCAGAAAUGAAGUCUGUUCAAUUAGAAGAACAAAUUGAUCAGUUGCAAGCAUCUAAAAAAGAACUAGAUCUUAUUAUAGAUAACUUAAAAUUGGAUAAAGAGCAAUUGAAUGAAAGCCUACGAAUUCUGCAAGAAGAAAAAGAAGAGUUAAUUCAAAAAUUGGAAAAUUAUGUUCAAGAAAAUAUAGAGCUAAGUGACAAAUUAGAGAAACUAAGUGCCGAAAAGGUGAGUUCAGCUGAGUCAAUAGAAAUUGUGGAGUCAUUAACAACACAAGAAAAAAUGGAACUUGAGGAAUAUAACAAAUCUCUUCAAACAGAAAAGAAAAGUGAAAAUGAUCAUUUAGAAAACUACAUUUCCCAAAGUCAUGAGCAAAAAGAAAAACUAAUGCAAGAAAGUAUUGAACUUAAAAAGAAAAUAGAAUUAUUUUCAAGUGAAAGACAAGAAGUGAUGGAAAAAAUGAAUAAUUUAUCAUUAGAAAAUGAAUCUUUAAACAACGAAAUUAAAGAGUUGAAAGAUCAAUGUGACAGCUUAAGAAAUAGUGUUAAUAAACUAGAAGACGAAAAGAAUGAACUUACUUCUCUUAAUCGCGAACUUAAUCAUCAGAUAGAUGAACUUAAACACGAGAAGAGUGAAAUAUUAAGAGAAACUGCUGAAGUAGUCAAACCAUUAAGUGUUGAGGAUGUUAUUGACGGGUCAGUAACUGAAACAGUAAAUCAAGAUGAUAAAAUAAUUGGAGAUAAAGGAACUAGUAGAAUGAAGUCUGUAAAACAGUUAACAAAAGAAAUUCUAAAACUAAAAAAUACAAUAAAAGAAAGAGAAGAUGAAAUUGCUGAUUGCCAAAUGAAAAUACUAUCAUUGGAAGAACAGCAAGAAAAACACAAAGAAAUAUUAGAAAAUAUUACAUCAAAGGAGAAAACUAUCAAGAAGCUAAUUGAUGAGAAUAACCAAUUAAAGAAAGAAAUACAAAAUCUUAGUAAUGAAAACAAAGCGGAACAUAAUUUACACCUUACACAAACGCAUGAACUACUCCAAAGUGAGAUACAAAAAGUACAUCAAGAAUACAAUGCUGCUUUAAAUGCUCGUGAUUCAAGAAUACACGAAUUGGAAAACCUUUUGUUGGAAUAUGAAAAACAAGUUAUUAACUAUAGUAAUAACUUGCAACAGAAAGAUAAGGAACUCUCGGAAUACAUCAAUCAAAUAACUAAAUUAAAUGACCUAUCACAAAAACUUAAAUCUACCGUUGAUUUACUUGAAGAUGAAAAGGCAAAAGAUCAGAACUCGGAACAUAUAAAAUCAUUAAAUAAACAAAUUGCGCUUUAUCAAAAGACUCUGUCUGAUUUUGAAGAAAAAUUACGAACACUUGAAGAAGAAAAAGUACAAUUUCUCACAUUAAAAUCGAAACUGGAAAAUAAAAGUAGCAAUCUCGAAUUAGAAAUACAAAAAUUGCAAGAAUUAUUAAAAGAAAAACAAGGCCUUAUUAAAGAUUUACAGAUUCAGCAACAAAAACAAGUAGAUGAAUUAUCAACUGUUUUAUUACAAGCUAAAGAACGUGAUGAAGAAAUACAUGAAAUAAAGUUACAGUUAAGAAAAGAAUCGAUAGAAAAUGAAAAAUUACAUAAUAUUGUUGUGCAAAAAAGUAAUGAAAUCAAUGAACUCACUAAGUUAUAUGAUAGUGCUAAAGAUAAAUUGAAUUCUGUUUCGCAUGACAAAAAUGAACAAUUAUCUGCCAUUGAAAUUAAAAAUAAAGAAUUGAUGGAGAAAUUGAAAAAAUUUGCUGUUAAUAUAAAGAAAAAAUCCGCUAUGUAUUCUGAAUUGGAAAAUCAAUACCAUGAAACCCAAAAACAGCUUCAAAAUAAAACUGAACACUAUGAACAGCUUUUGAUACAAGUAGAAACCAUACCUGCAUUACAGGAAAAAUUAAAACAUGCAGAAGAAGAGUUCAACCGUUUCCAAUCUCAAAAAAUUUUACUCGAGCAGAAGUCACAAGAAAUUUUACAUUUACAAUCCCAGAUCGAAGAUUUACAUAAAAACAAUUAUAACGAUAUUGAAACGAUUACAAAAUUAAAUGCAUCAUUAGAUUUAUUAAACAAAGAUUUAUAUUUUGCUCGUGAAGAAAAUAAUAAUCUUAAGAUACAAGUUGAUAGUUUAAAUAAUAAAAUAGUAGAAUAUGAAAUUGACACAAAAAAUAAUGCCAAUCUUUUAACUAAAAUAUCAUGUUUGGAAGCUGAUAUAAAUCAAAAACUAGAGCAAAUUGCUGCUUUAUCUAGUCAAGUUGAAAGUUUAAAUGAAAAAUUGAUGCAAGUGCAAUUUGGUCAUGAUGCAAAGGUCCAGGAACGUGAUAUGUAUAUCGAAAGCUUACAGACAGAAAUUGACAAAUACAAAAACAGAAUAUACCGCCUCGAAGAAAGCAUUUCCGCUAUGGAGAAUGGGCGCCAAUCUUUAGAACGGAAAGCUGAUAACCUGGAUAUUCAACUUCAUGAAAAGCAGAAAGCUUAUAGUGAGUACAGAAACCAAGAAGAUGAAUUAGUAAACAGACUUGCAUUACUUAUGGAUAACGAUAGAGUUGUUGAAAAACAAUUAAAAGAAAUAGAAAGUGAAAAUAAAGAGAUGCACUUUAAAAUGCAAAAUCUUAAUGAUGACUACCAAAACUUACAAAAAUUGCAUACUGAUUUGCAAAAUAAGUAUAAUAUAUUAGAAAUGAAGGCUGAGAACGUCGAUACUAUAGAAACUGAAAUAUCAUCAUAUCAAUCGCAUAUUCGCGAGCUAGAAUCAAAUAUUAAAAGAAUUACAAACGAACAUAACACAUUGCUGGGGAAAAAGAAAAAGGACAUAGAGGAGUUAGAAUCAGAAUUUAAUACACAAAUUGAAAAUGCUAUUAAAGAAAAGAAACUGUUAAGUGAAAAGUAUGAGAAAAUCAAUGAUCAUGUCAGUAAGUUAGAAUCGAAACUAAAAGAAUAUAAAUCUACUAUUGAGCGUCAAAACUUAAAUCUUGGUGAGUUGGCUUAUGAAAAUCAGAUGUUAGUCGAGAAAUCGGCUCACAAAGAGAAGGAAAUUUCACCGGAUUAUACUGAACAGUAUAUAAGUGAAAUUAAUAAGAUGAAUUCAUUGCUCAAUUGUAAAAAUCAAGAAAUUAUAGAACUCAGUAAUAAAAUACAGCAUUUACAAGCUCAAAACUUGUCCCAAAUAUCUGAGUUAGAAAAUAAGAAUAUAGAGUUGGCCGAAAAAAUUGAAGAAUCGUCUUCACAAAUAAAUAAUUUAAUAAAAGAAAUCAACCUUUUGAAAGAAAAUAAUGAUCAAUUAAAUAAUUUACUUACACAGAAAGAUGAACAAAUAAAACAGAUUAUGGAGAACAAAAAACUAUGUUUCGAAAUGAAUAUACCAAAAACAGAAGGGAUGACUAUUUCAUCCACAAUAGAAGCAAUGGACAAUGAAUCAAACCCUGUUGAUAUUUCAUCUCUUCAAUCACAGAUAGUAUCUGAUGCUGAACUGCUACAACCUGACGUGCAAUCUAUAAAAGUGAAAAAAGUAUCUGAAAACAUCCAGACAAAUCCAAGACAGGUACGUUCCACCUCGGAAGGUGUAACAGAGGAAGUCAUUGUACCUAAAAAGUCUUACCUAUGUUAUAAAGAAGAUGAUGUUAAAGAUGUAAACGAUCCUUUCAAUUCUGAGGAAGGUUGGGGCCUUGAAAGUACUGAAGAAUCAGAUGUUAUAAUACCAGGUUCUUCACAGUUGUAUCAACAAAUUCAACAACUUAAUGAAACAAAUAAUAAGCUGAAAAUAGAAGUAGAUACCACUAAUUCUAAGCUACUGAAAGCUUUGAAGAAAUUAAAAGAGUUAAAAUCUACAAAUGAUAUGCUAUCAAAAGAGUUACAGUUAACAAAGAAAAUUUCUCAAUCAUCGAUGCUUGAUAUGGCUAUAGAAAAUGAACUAUCAAAUAAUGUUGAAGAAUUAGAGAAAAAAGUUCAGGAGCUUAAUACGGACCUAAAUAAAGAAAAACUUGAAAAAGAAGCCUUAAAGAAACAAAAUGAUGUGUUCAAGAAUGCUAAUGACAGAUUAUUGGAAAUGAAAGAAAAAACGGAUAAUGAGUUAGAAAUGUGGAAGUUUCAGUUCAAGCAAGUAAAUGAUAAAUUUUCUUCUUUGCAAUGGGAAGGUGAUUCCACUACCAGUCCAAAUUCGCAGCCCGUAUCAAACCAGCGAAUCUUUAAAGAAACAAAAGUAAACGAAGAGUUAAUAAAAUUAGAAAAAGAAAAUGAUGAAUUACAAUUGAUAAUUGAUAAUAUAAAUGCCCAAAAUAAGGAAUUAUCCUUGCACCAAGAACAACUGAAGGGAGAAAUAAAUCUACUUACUCAGCAAUUACAUCAACAGUCAAAAUUAACCUGCGAUAAAUGCGACAAUGUGAAUGAACAAAACAAAGAAUUAAUAAAACAACAAGAACUGUUGCAAAGUGAACUAAACUGUCACAAACAACAAUUAGAAGAAAGAAAAUUAUGUACAGAUUGUGAAAAAUUCAAACUUGAGAUUGAGGACCUUCACGAUAGAUGUAAAAAACUGGAAGAAAAUAAUGCGAUGCUUAAUGAAAAUUUGCGAAAAAUAGAAACUGAAAACAGUGAAUUAUUGUCUCAAAACAAACAUUUAAAAGAAAUUCUUGAAGAACAUCAGUUUACAUUUAAAAUGCGUGAGGAAGAACUUUUAGAGAAAAAUGGUUCAUUAACAGAAGAAGUUCAAUCUCUAAAACUUUUAGAAAACGAAGCCACUUCUAAGGUAACUUCAUUAAAUGCUGAACUUGAUGAUCUAAAGCUUCGAAUGGCGCAAUCUCCUGAAAUACACCAUGUACAUAACACGCAGGAAUUUAAUGCUAUGGCACUAGCAGAAAAGUAUAGCACUUUGGAAGAACAUUGUUUAAAUUUAAAGCACAAUCUAGAUGAAGAAACUAAAAAGAAUAAUGAUCUUAAACUGGAAAACCAAAAUUUAACGGAAAAAGUAAAUGAUUGCGAAAAACAAUUAAGCGAUCUUAAUGCAAAAUUACAAAAUCUUAACUCAGAAAAUGACCAACUUUUAUCAACUGUUACCGAGUUACGAACGUCAGUAUCAAGUGCUAUGGACCAAAGAGGAUUCGAAAUAGCUGAACUAUGGAAGCAACACUUAGGUCAAAGGGAAUCUGAAUUCCAACAAAUAGAGUGUGAUCUUAGAACACAGUUAACUGCAGCUGAGGCUAAGUAUGAACAACUCCUUGAAAACGUUCAGUCAUCCAGUCAAGAAGAAACAAAUAAAAUUGUUUUGUCAGAACAAAUAAGUUCUUUGCAAAAUAAGUUACAGGAAAAAGAGGAACAACUCAAAAGCCUUCAACUUAAAUAUGCGGAAGUAAUAAAUGAACUCGAUAUGCUUCGCUCAGAAAUGGAAGAUGAAAAGCUUAUACAUGAAAAUAAAAUACUAGUCCAACAAGAAGAAUACGAAAAAAUGCUUCAAGAAUUAAAUAAUAAAAAUCAAGUACGUUCUGAUGAUUAUGAAAAUGCACUGAAAAAUCUCCGAACUGAGUUAGACGCAACCGCUUCUGUUAAUGCUAGCUUAAAUAAACAAAUUGAGGAAAUACGAAAUAUUUAUGAAAAUAAAGUAAUAGACUUGUCUAAACAACUUCAAGUUAAAGAAAGUGAGAUAUUUCAAAAAACACGAGACUUUACAAUAACUUUAACACAAAGAAAUGAAGAAUUUGAAAAUGUAAGAAAGCAGUUGAUUGAAUACGAAAAGAAAGUGGAGGACUUGACUUAUGAAAAAGAAUCCGAAUUAGCAAUUUUAAGAUUGAAAAUGCAUGAAAGUACUGACAAAUUUGACAAGAGGCAAAAAGAAAUUGAAGAUGAAAAGGAUAGUAUCUCUGAAUCAUUAAAAGAAAAAAUUAUCGAGUGUACAAAUCUUAACAAACAAAUAAGCGAUUUAAAUAAAGUUUUGGAAGAAUAUGCAAACAGAGCUGCUGAAACGCAAACAGUUUUAGAAAAUCAAGAGUUGGAAAUUGUUACGCUUAAGGAUGAAAUAACUAGUUUGGAAAAUACAUUGAGGGCAACGAGUAGUAAAAUAGAGAAACAUGUAACAUUUGCAUCUAAUACAAAGCAGGGCGAAGAAAGUGGAAUAUCAGCAGGUGGUCUUGAUAGGGAUUUAUUGGAUGCUGUUCCGAGAGCCGAGUUAGAUUUGGCGUUAUAUAUGUUGCAUCAAAGAGAUGUACGGUGCGAAGAACUUACAAUGGAGUUGACUCAGUUACUAGAAGAAAGAGACACGCUACAGUUACGUCUCUCUGAUAGUUUACGGUCUUAUGAAGAAUUGAAGUCACGCUGUAAUUCGGCGGGAUUAGAUAUUUCAAUAAGCUCGAGUCACGAAGGUAUUUCAGAUUUGCCGACGUUUAAUGUUGAAAAAGAACGUCAGUUUGUUGAUACGCAUAAAGGGCAAACAUCACGCAGCAGCAGUAUAAGUGAUCCUGAUGUAGAUAAACCAAAGUUGCAAGCCAAGUUGUCUGAAUUGCGCAGUGUUAAACAUAGUCGCGAUGUUCGCUUCCGACACGAGAGUGAACAGCGGCAGCUAGGCAUGCGCCUAUUGCAGCGAGAUGUCGCCAACUUACCACCGGAAGCGGUUGAACAGCUGACUCAAGCACAUCAUACACUUUCACGGGACACCCAAAGCACUCCAACGGUUCUACUCAACUGGUUGCGAGGGAAGAGCACGCCUAAAGUAGUACAUAUGUGAACACAAAUAGAAUAAAACAUAGUACUUUAGGAGGUUAAGCUCUAAACGAAAGUGCACCUAUUGCCCUUCACGUUGUCACCACGGCACUGUACAAUUGAAUAAUGUUUAAAAAUAAAACAUAAAGUUACAAAUUGUGCAUUUAUAAAGCUUGUUAUCGAGAAACGAAUAACGCCAGUACCAGUAGUUGACUUUUUAGUAUUAUUGCCUGUUUUAAAAAUCUAUUCCAUGCCAUAUGGAAUCAAUGGAUCUUUCAAAUGCAUUUCUUAAUCAAUUCUACACCUUUUUUCUUAAAUUCUACUUAUAACAUCAGCAACUCUUUGAUGAAACUUUCGUCUGGAAAGAACUAAACUUAACUUGUUACUUCUAUGCAGGUAUACAAGCAUAAAAACUUUUACUAUAUUAAACGAUUUUUUAUUGAGUAAAGCAAUUUUUAGAUAUUUUUAAAAACAGAAUGUCACUACAAAGUUACUGGCCACGAAGAUUCGAGUCGGUUUUUUAUAUAAAAGGUGCUAAAAUUUUUCAUUCCAAUAUACAUAUAAUUAUGUACAAAGAUAAAUUGAUGAAAUUCCGUUUCGAAUAAUAACUACCAUAUUUCGUCAAAGACUGCUGUCCAGAGAAAAUUAUUUAAGUUAAUUUGGUUUUUAAUUCAAUUAAUUGUUCUUUAAUAAAAAUAUAUAGUUAUACAACACCACAAUACAGCCCUGUUGUGUUAUUUCAUAUGAAACUAAAAUUUUAUAAGACAAUAAAAUAUUGUGAGCGAACGAACGAAAAACUUAUUGUUGAUGUUUAAAACGAUGUCUUUCCGAGUUAUCCCCGAUAGAUCUUCCAUCUUUAGUUCUACUUAUUAUAUUCCUUACAUUAUACAUCAGAAUUACAUUAUAAAUCAGACAUAAAGUGAAUUCAUUAAAUUUUCUCUUCUAAAUUAAAUAUUAUUUAGUAAUUCUUUCCAUUCAUCAUAAAAUGGUAAUCAUGGAAUUUCCCUAAAAUUUUACUUAUUAAAACAGCCAUAAAUUAUUUUUUAACUA